CUCUCUGUCUGGUCUCUUUCCUUCUCUUAUGUUGUAGAAAUUCCUUUUCUUUUCUUUUUUUAAAAAAAAUAUUUUUUCUGUGUGUUUCCUUUUCGGCUUUGUAUGCUUCAGCUGCUUAUAUAUAUCACGAUCCUUCAGCUGCUCUUUCCUAGAAUCCAGACGUACAUUGCGAUUCUCUCUUGAUGUAAUAGCACCAUUUGCCUCUUUCUUGUCUUCCAAACAAAACCCUUUUUCUCAAUCUCUGCUACUUCCAUGUAAUGGUUCCAUGAAUCGUUCUCCAUCUGUUUCAGUGAGAUUCGAUCUAUUUUCGAGCCUCUUGUCCGGUUUUUCCCAUCUGGGUCUUCCUGCAUUUUCCUCUUCUGUCGGUCGUUAAACUUGAACUGAACAUGUUCUGCGACAUGGGUUUGUCUUGUGCUAAAUAGUUCAGCCGUUGUUCCCGCUCGAUCGGGGUUUGAGAUCAUCUUCUACCGUCUUGGAUCUUCAGAACACAGAAGACCUCCCAAGUGUUUGGCGAUUUGCCACACAGAAACACACAGAGAGAGAGAGAAGCCAUGGAAGAGACUUUCGUGCCGUUCGAAGGGAUCAAGAAUGAUCUGAAAGGAAGGUUGAUGUGCUACAAGCAAGACUGGACCGGCGGCUUCAAAGCUGGAAUUAGGAUUCUGGCUCCCACCACAUACAUAUUUUUCGCGUCUGCGAUUCCUGUCAUUUCAUUCGGCGAACAGCUGGAGCGAAACACCGAUGGAGUUCUUACUGCUGUUCAGACCUUGGUUUCUACAGCCGUUUGCGGUAUCAUACACUCCAUAAUCGGAGGUCAACCCUUGCUGAUACUCGGAGUUGCAGAGCCAACUGUAAUUAUGUAUACAUUCAUGUUUAACUUUGCCAAGGAGAGACCCGAGUUGGGUCGCAACCUGUUCCUGGCCUGGUCCGGAUGGGUUUGUGUUUGGACAGCUUUUCUGCUGUUCGUGCUGGCGAUACUGGGGGCAUGUUCCAUCAUCAACAGGUUCACCCGAGUAGCCGGAGAAUUGUUUGGAAUGCUUAUUGCUAUGCUCUUCAUGCAACAAGCCAUCAAAGGACUGGUGGAUGAGUUUCGUGUCCCUGGCCGGGAAAACCCGAAACUGCUAGAGUUCACGACUCCAUGGAGGUUUGCGAAUGGGAUGUUCGCUCUGGUUCUCUCCUUUGGUCUUCUUCUAACUGCACUUAGGAGCAGAAAAGCCAGAUCCUGGCGAUAUGGAACUGGCUGGCUUAGAAGCUUAGUAGCAGACUAUGGUGUUCCACUCAUGGUGCUUGUGUGGACUGGUGUCUCCUACAUUCCAGCAGGAGACGUCCCAAAAGGAAUUCCUCGGCGACUUUUCAGCCCAAAUCCUUGGUCCCCUGGUGCUUAUGAGAAUUGGACCGUCAUCAAGGAUAUGCUUGAUGUUCCCAUUGUUUACAUUAUUGGAGCGUUCAUUCCAGCAACGAUGAUUGCAGUGCUUUACUACUUUGACCAUAGUGUAGCAUCACAGCUCGCGCAGCAGAAGGAGUUCAACUUGAGAAAACCAUCUUCUUACCACUACGAUUUACUUCUUCUCGGAUUUCUGACUUUAAUGUGCGGUCUCAUUGGAAUCCCUCCAUCCAAUGGAGUCAUCCCUCAGUCUCCCAUGCACACCAAGAGUCUAGCGACUCUCAAGAAUCAGCUGCUUCGUAACAGACUAGUCAGAACAGCGAGACAAAGCAUCAAUAAGAACGCAAGCUUGGGACAGUUGUAUGGAAAUAUGCAAGAGGCUUACAACCAAAUGCAGACCCCUCUGGUCUACCAGCAGCCACAAGGUUUAAAAGAGCUGAAGGAAUCGACAAUCCAAGCGACUACUUGCACUGGCAACCUCAACGCCCCAGUUGAUGAGACUCUGUUUGACAUCGAGAAAGAGAUCGAUGAUUUGCUACCAGUUGAAGUUAAAGAACAACGGCUAAGCAAUUUUCUUCAGGCCAUGAUGGUCGGAGGAUGUGUUGCAGCAAUGCCUUUCCUCAAGAUGAUCCCUACAUCAGUUCUCUGGGGAUACUUUGCGUUCAUGGCUAUUGAAAGCUUGCCUGGAAACCAGUUCUGGGAGAGGAUCUUGCUGCUAUUCACCGCCCCGAGCAGACGCUACAAGGUCCUUGAAGAUUACCACGCAACGUUUGUGGAAACUGUUCCAUUCAAGGCAAUUGCAGUAUUCACCAUUUUCCAGACAGUGUAUCUUCUAAUCUGCUUUGGUCUGACAUGGGUUCCCAUCGCUGGCGUCAUGUUUCCUCUGAUGAUCAUGCUUCUAGUACCUGUAAGGCAGUACGUCCUUCCCAAAUUCUUCAAGGGCGCACAUCUUCAGGACCUGGACGCAGCAGAGUACGAGGAGUCACCCGCCAUGCCUUUCAAUCUCACACCGGAAGGCGAAAUCAGAUCCACUGCCACAUAUCCAGGCGAUGCAGAGAUUCUAGACGAGGUUAUUACACGAAGCCGAGGAGAAUUCAGGCACACGUGUAGUCCUAAGAUCACGAGCUCGACUUCGACGCCGGUAAAUCCGAGGCUAUCUCAAGCGUUUAGCCCGCGAGUGUCUGAGCUGAGGGGAGAGAUGAGUCCCAGAGUUCCCGGAAAAGGGCAAAACAGUCCGAAGACAGCGACUUAUGGGAAGAGUCCUUUGAACCCAUCGUCGAACUAAACCGAGAGAAAGAAGGUAAUAAAACCGUGAGAGAGAGAGAAAGAUAAUGUUUAAUUAGUUAAUCAAUUAAUGUAGCUCGAUCUAAGCUUCUCCGAGUUUGAUCCAUCCCAUUUUUACGUGUUGUGUUUUUUUGUGAUGUUCUUGCUAUUGAAUCGUUGUAAAAUCUCUUACUUUUGUCUUUUGUGUGUUGGAAUAAUUGCGUGUAAUGGUAUUUGGCAAAGAUGUAAAAAAGAAAAGACAUAUCUAUUGAGGCUUGUUUUGUUCUGAAUACAACUA